AUGUCUUGUCUCGAAGAUCUCUCAGGUGAAAUUCUCAUGACAAUAUUGGAAUAUAUGAAUAUUGAAGAUAUUUGGACAGCGUUUUUUAAUAUGAAUACAAGAUUUAAUAAUCUUGUAUUUGAUUCUCGUUUACGUUUAGUAGCUGAUACAUCAAAUACUAAAGAAUCUAAUUUUGAUCGAUUUUGUUCAUCAUUAACAAAAACAAAUUUUAAUAAUAUAUAUGUAUUAAUCUUAUCGAAUAAUUAUUAUCGUUAUCCUCAAAUACGUCAAUUUUUAUCUUAUACAAAUCUUAGUAAUUUUCAAUGUUUAUAUUCUUUAACAUUAAUUGAUAUUAAUUAUGAUGAAUCCAUAGAAAUAAUGCAACAAAUUAAACAAUUAAAUCAAUUAAAACAUUUACAUAUAAAUACACAUGAAAUAUAUGAUGACAAACAAUUAGCCAAUGCUACACAAGCAGUAUUUGAUCAACCAAAUAUUCGUGCUUUGGCACUUGAUUUACAUGAAAAAAUUCAAUGGUUGAAUACUGAAAUGAUUUUAUUAAAUAAUGUUGAAGUUCUUUCAUUAAAUUUUAUAAACAUCAAUCAUCUUUUUUCUCUUCUGUCUCACUGUCCAAAUCUUCGUUCACUUUCAAUGACGCUCGAUUCUCGUAAUAGUUUAAUAACUCCAACAGAUACGAUUCCAUCAUUAUCAGAAUCACAACUACUUAUGAAAUUUCCUCAAAUAACGAAUCUCCGUUUUUACUAUCGUAUAUUCAAUGAUCUCGUUCUUGCACAAUUGUUGACUUCUCUACCGUCCAUUAAACGUUUCUCAAUUGAUACUAUUAUAAAUAAUAAAGAUCAUAUACGUGCUCCAUUUUGGACAUCAUUAUUACAAGAACGAUUACCAUUACUUGAACGUAUAAGAUUAGUUAUACGUACAUGGAAUAUAAGCAAAUCUUCUAAUUAUAUUGAUGAAAAUCAACAAAAUCCUAUUGGUGGCUAUAAAUAUGAUCGAUAUUGGCUUGAUAAAGCUCAUAAGAAAAUAUUUACUUGUUCUACAAAUUCUGACUCAAUGAUGCUUCAAAUUCGAUAA